AUGAACACCCCCUUCCAGCGAUCAACAUCCACAGCUUCUUCUUCCUGGUCUGGUCCAACAGACUUGAAUCAAAGUCCAAUUUCUCCCACCUCACCAGAUAUGGCAUGGAACCCAGAUCCAGCUCUGCUAAUGGUUCGCCCUGCCUCGCACAACCCAUCACAGUCAAUCGAUGGCGAUACACUGCGUCCGCGGGCGGACUCAUUUGCUUCCUCUUCUGCAGAUACUAUGGUGCAUCCACGAGCAAACUCGGAUGUAGAUCCGGCUCAUAUUGCCAAAGCAGGUUAUGACGAUGUCUCAUUGUCAGAUGCUCUGAGACCAGAUCCACGCAACGAGACCGAUUUCCAGGUCGAGGAUAAUCGCUUCGCCUUCUCGCCUGGUCAGCUUAAUAAGAUGCAGAACCCAAAGUCCCUGGCUGCAUUCUAUGCUCUGGGUGGCUUGCAGGGUUUGGAGCGUGGUCUGCGUACAGAUCUGGACGCUGGAUUAUCGGUUGAUGAAGCCUCGCUUGAGGGCACUGUGGAUUUCCACACUGUUGCUCCUUCGUCUCCAAGUACUUCUGCGGGUAAGACUUUGCCGCAGACUGAGGCCCCGGUGCUGGCACCGGUGGCUUCGGGUGAUGGGUCGCCUUAUGAAGAUCGCAUUCGCGUUUUCAGUCAGAAUAGACUACCUGCUCGGAAGUCGUCUGGGUUUUUGAAGUUGUUUUGGAUUGCAUAUAACGACAAGAUUAUUAUAUUACUGACUAUUGCCGCGGUCGUCUCACUGUCUCUCGGAAUUUAUGAGACUGUCGAUGCUGGCUCGGGCGUCGACUGGGUGGAAGGCGUGGCUAUUUGCGUGGCGAUUCUCAUCGUCACCGUUGUCACGGCUGCAAAUGAUUGGCAAAAGGAGAGGCAAUUUGCCAAGCUCAACAAGCGAAAUGAUGAUCGUGAGGUCAAGGUUAUUCGCUCGGGCAAAUCUACCAUGCUUUCGAUCUACGACCUCAUGGUCGGUGACGUCCUUCACCUCGAGGCCGGUGAUUCCAUCCCCGCAGAUGGAGUUCUCAUCACCGGUCACGGUGUGAAGUGCGACGAGUCUUCUGCGACUGGUGAGUCAGAUCAAAUGAAGAAGACUCCUGGCCAUGAGGUUUGGCAGCAGAUCGUUGCCGGAAAGGCAACAAAGAAGCUCGAUCCAUUCUUGAUCUCCGGUAGCAACGUCCUUGAGGGCGUUGGAACCUACUUGGUUACCAGUGUUGGGCCUUAUUCUACUUACGGUCGUAUCUUGCUUUCGUUGCAGACACCCAAUGACCCCACGCCACUUCAGGUUAAAUUGGGUAAGCUGGCCGACUGGAUUGGAUACUUGGGUACAGCGGCUGCUGGAAUUUUGUUCUUCGUCUUGCUAUUCCGAUUCAUCGCAGAUCUUCCCAAGCAUCCUGAGAUGAACGGUGCCAUGAAAGGCAAGGAGUUUGUAGAUAUUCUCAUCGUUGCUGUGACAGUUAUUGUUGUCGCCAUUCCAGAGGGUCUUCCACUGGCCGUUACACUUGCAUUGGCAUUCGCCACUACACGCAUGGUCAAAGAAAACAACCUUGUCCGCGUACUUCGCGCUUGCGAGACCAUGGGAAAUGCCACAGUUAUCUGCUCUGACAAGACUGGCACGCUCACACAGAAUAAAAUGACUGUCGUUGCCGGGACUUGGGGUUCUGAUCGCGCCUUCAGCCAAGCUUCCGAGAAUGAGGAGACUGAAUCUUCGACGAUUGCAGCAGUCUCCAAGCAGCUCUCGGCUCCAGUUCGCGAUUUGAUCGUCAAAGGUGUUGCCUUGAACUCGACUGCUUUUGAGCAGGUUAAAGAUGGCAAUAAUCAGUUCAUUGGUAGCAAGACUGAGGUUGCGCUACUUCAGCUUGCUCGGGAUUACAUGGGCAUGGAUCUUGUGGCUGAGCGUGGAUCUGCCGAAAUUGUCCAGUUGAUUCCAUUCGACUCUGCCAGGAAGUGUAUGGGUGUUGUUUACCGAGUUCCUGGUACAGGCUACCGAUUGCUUGUUAAGGGAGCAUCUGAGUUGAUGGUUGAUGUUUGCACGUCUCAAAUCACGAAUAUCGAUAUCUCCAAGGAGGCCAUUGAUAUCGAGCAGCUCUCUGAGAAACAGAAGCUGCAAAUCUUGGAGACUAUCAACGCCUAUGCUCAUCAAUCCCUUCGAACAAUCGGCAUGGUCUACAAGGACUUCACUAGCUGGCCUCCCACAGAAGCUAAGAGCUCAGAGGACCCAUCCUCGGCCAACUUCGACGAUGUCUUCCACAGUAUGACUUGGGUCGGAGUCGUUGGUAUCCAAGACCCUCUUCGUCCCGAGGUCCCACAAGCCAUCCGCAAGUGUCACUCGGCAGGUGUUCAAGUUAAGAUGGUUACUGGCGACAACGUUGCCACCGCAACAGCCAUUGCCACGUCCUGUGGAAUCAAGACAGAAGACGGAAUUGUCAUGGAAGGACCGGCUUUCCGGCGCUUGUCUGACGCGGAGAUGGACGAAGUACUUCCGCGUCUGCAGGUCCUGGCACGGUCGUCUCCUGAAGACAAGCGCAUCUUGGUCGCUCGACUCAAGGCUCUUGGCGAGACUGUCGCCGUGACGGGCGAUGGUACCAAUGAUGGGCCGGCUUUGCGAACUGCAGACGUUGGCUUUUCCAUGGGAAUUGCUGGAACUGAAGUCGCUAAGGAGGCUAGUUCGAUCAUUCUUCUCGAUGAUAACUUCCGAUCUAUCGUUACUGCUAUUGCCUGGGGGCGGGCUGUCAACGAUGCUGUUGCAAAGUUCUUGCAGUUCCAGAUCACGGUCAACAUUACUGCGGUGGUGCUCACUUUUGUGUCAUCUGUCGUGAGUAGUGAUAACCAGAGUGUUUUGAGUGCUGUCCAGCUGCUUUGGGUGAACCUGAUCAUGGAUACUUUUGCUGCUUUAGCCUUGGCAACUGACGCGCCUACCGAGAAGAUCCUCGACCGCAAACCUGUUCCCAAGCACGCCUCCCUCUUCACCUUGACCAUGUGGAAAAUGAUUCUCGGCCAAGCCAUCUACCAACUCGCCAUCACAUUCAUGUUAUACUUCGCAGGAGACAAACUUCUCGGUGCCCAUCUCAGCGCUGAACCCAAACUGCGCGAGAAAGAGCUCUCAACCGUUGUCUUCAACACCUUCGUGUGGAUGCAAAUCUUCAACGAAUUCAACAACCGCCGCCUCGACAACAAAUUCAAUAUCUUCGAAGGCAUGUUCCGCAACUACUGGUUCCUCGGCAUCAACGCCAUCAUGGUCGGCGGCCAAGUCAUGAUCGUCUACGUGGGCGGCCAGGCAUUCGGCGUGACUCGCUUGAGCGGCAUUCUCUGGGGUGUCUGCAUCAUCUGCGCAAUUGUCUGUCUCCCGUGGGCUGUUGUCCUUCGCAUUAUCCCCGACUACCACUUCGGUAUUGUCUUCAAUGCCGUUGUCGGUGCUAUCUCGAUGGUUAUGCGACCAUUGGCCCGUGGCUGCAAGGUCAUCGGUCAUGGCAUCAAGGCCUUCUUCCGCCCUGUAAAGCGCUUCACUCGCCGGGUCAUGGGUAAGGAAAAGUCUGUGGAUGAUGAGUCGGAUUCUCAGCCGACGCAGUCUGCGGAUCCUGAGAACUCAAAGGAACAACUUGAGCUCAAUGAUCACAAGGCUCAGCCUCAGCGUCCUAGCACGCCUCCUUCCAUGGUGGUUCCUCCUAUCACCAUCACGACCUCUCCUUAA